AUGCCGGUGCGUAUAUUUUCUUCUCUCUCUCCACGCGUCUCCCAACCUUGGCUAACCUCGCAUCUCCGUCUUCUCGGCUCGCAGCUCAUCGUCGUCACGGGCCUCCCGACCUCGGGCAAGUCCACUCGAGCGAAGCAGCUCUGCGAAUACGUCUCCCAACGCAUCGCCGACUCUCCGAAGCACCAGAAUCACCGGCUUCACCUCAUAUCGGACGACUCCCUCUCCAUCGACCGCUCCGUCUACCAUCUGUCCCCCGAGGCCGUUCCGGCCCACACCCGGUCGGCCAAUGCGUCGGAAAAGGACGCGCGGGCGGCCCUCUACGCUGCCGUCAAGCGCGUCCUCUCCGACAACGACUUUGUCAUCCUCGACGGCCUCAACUACAUCAAGGGCUGGCGCUACCAGCUGCACUGCGAGGCCAAGGCCAUGCGAACCCCCAACUGCAUCCUCCAGAUCGGCUGCUCCGUCGACAGGGCGCGAGCCGUCAACGAGGAGCGCCUGCGGAAGCGUCGGCGGCAGCAGGAACCGUCGGGCGCCGACACGCGCGAGGGAGAUGUGAUACCCGAGGGAGACGCAACCGAGCCGUACGAACCGGCCAACUGGGACAAUCUCGUCUUUCGCUACGAGGAACCCAACCCGAUGACCCGCUGGGACAGCCCCCUCUUCACCCUCAUCUGGGACGACGACCAAGACCAGACGCGCAAGACGUUCGAUUCCCUUUGGGACGUCAUGGCCGGCGACGGAAAGCCCGUCGUCCGACCGAACCAGUCCACCGAGCGGCGCGGACGCGACGCCGGCAGCGACUACCUCUACGUUCUCGACCGCGAGACGCAAGAUAUCGUAAAGCGGAUACUGGAGCGGCAAGCCGUCGACGGCGGCGGCCAUGGCGGCCAAGUACCGAUCCCGCUGACCGCAAAGGACGCGCAAGAGCUGGCAGUGCAUCUGCCGGUCGGGAAGCAGCUCGCCCUCCCGCAGCUCCAGCGACUUAGGAGGGCCUUUGUCGGCCUGAACCGGGGCGGCAUUGGCCUGGACUCGGUCGGAAACAUGGCAGCCGAUGGGCUGAGGGAGACGUUCGUGCGCUACCUGAACGACGCCUUUGAAGAGGAUGCAUGA